AAAUCUUUAAAUUAUUAAUGGGACGUAUGUAAGCCAAGGGAAAGGGAAAGGGUAUCUCUGGAUCGGCCCUUCCAUACAAGAGAAAAGCUCCAAAAUGGUUGACUCUUUCAUCAAAGUCAAUUGUUGAUCAAAUCGUCAAUUUGGCCAAGAAGGGUUUGAAUGGAUCACAAAUUGGUGUUUACUUGAGAGAUCAACAAGGAAUUCCAUAAACCAGAUUCUUGACUGGACAAAAGAUCUUGAGAAUCUUAAAGAAGAGAGGUUGUGCACCAAAGAUUCCAGAGGACUUGUACGCUUUGAUCAAGAAGGCUGUGCAAAUUAGAAAGCAUUUGGAAAAGAAUAGAGGUGAUAUUACAAGCAAAUUCAGAUUGAUUUUGGUUGAGAGCAGAAUUCACAGAUUGAGUAGAUAUUACAGAAGAACAUAAAAAUUGCCAUCAAAUUGGAAAUAUGUUUCAAAGACAGCAUCAGCCUUAAUUGGUCAAUGAAAAAUAUUUUAUACAUAUAGUACAUUGUAUAAUAAUUAUAUAAAUGAUUAAUAA